UCCGCUUCCGGCCCGACUUCCUGGAAGGUUGGCAUUUAAAGCCCCGCUGCCCGUGCGGGGAGGCUGCGAUUCAGCUGCGCGACGUCGCCUGCGGCUGAAGGAGUCGCCUUUGCGGAGGCAGCCCUCGCCCUUCCCUCGCCCAGCCUCGCCCGCUUCGUCAAAGCCAAGCUCCUCCAGCAGAAAUUGCCGAAGAAAAUCGGAUGCAAAGAGAGUUUUCCUCUCUUGGCGCGCUGCAACAGCCAUUUUUUAUUUUCCAAUAAGCCUUUGCAAGCAUUUAUUAGCAAAAAAAAACCUAUUUAUUUUAUUUUUUGCAUUUUAUUUUAUUUUAUUUUUUGCAUUUCAUUUCAUUAUUUUUUUUUUGCAUUUCAUUUCAUUUUUUAUUUUUUGCAUUAGCCCUUCAAAAGCAAUUUUUCGUGUGCUUGCAUUUCUAUUUUAUUUUUUGCAAUAGCCCUUCAAAAGCAAUUUUUUUGGGCUUGCAUUUUUAUUUUUUGCAGCCGGUAGCAGGACAGCGUGGGCACAUCUUUUCCUGCAAGGGAUCUGGAGAUCUUGCCAUCCCCUCCUGGUGCCUUUCCCCCCCUUCCUCUACCUCCCCACCUUAUAUUCAGGGCCCGAUUUUUUAUUUUUCAUUUUGCGAGCGAGCGAUUCCCUUUCACAGGCGGCUCCGUCCGCAUAUCUUCGUCUCUCCUUCCAUUCAUCGGCGAGCAGAUUCCCUCCCGGAGCCCAGGAUCCCCUCCUCGGCCCCGAUUCCUUGACCCACCUCCGUUUGCAAGAUGUUCAGCUGGCUGGGCAACGACGACCGGCGGAGGAAAGACCCCGAGGUGUUCCAGACGGUGAGCGAGGGGCUGAAGAAACUCUACAAAACCAAACUUCUCCCUCUGGAAGAAUACUACAAAUUCCACGAGUUUCAUUCGCCCGCCUUGGAAGAUGCCGACUUUGACAACAAGCCCAUGGUCCUCCUCGUGGGACAGUAUUCCACCGGCAAGACCACCUUCAUAAGGUACCUCCUCGAGCAAGAAUUCCCCGGUAUGAGAAUCGGUCCAGAGCCCACGACGGACUCCUUCAUUGCCGUGAUGCAGGGCGACGUGGAAGGCAUAAUUCCCGGGAAUGCGCUGGUGGUAGAUCCCAAGAAGCCUUUCAGGAAACUGAAUGCCUUUGGCAAUGCCUUCUUGAACAGAUUUGUUUGUGCACAGCUGCCAAAUCCGGUUCUGGAGAGCAUCAGCGUGAUUGACACUCCGGGGAUCCUUUCCGGGGAGAAGCAGAGAAUCAGCCGAGGCUACGACUUCGCCGCCGUCCUGGAGUGGUUUGCCGAGCGGGUGGACCGCAUCAUCCUCCUCUUUGACGCCCACAAGCUGGACAUCUCGGACGAGUUCUCCGAGGUCAUCAAAGCCCUGAAGAACCACGAGGACAAGAUGAGAGUGGUGCUCAACAAGGCGGACCAGAUUGAGACCCAACAGCUCAUGAGGGUCUACGGGGCGCUCAUGUGGUCGCUGGGGAAGAUCGUCAACACGCCCGAGGUCAUCAGGGUCUACAUCGGCUCCUUCUGGUCUCACCCGCUCCUCAUCCCCGAUAACCGCAAGCUCUUCGAGGCAGAGGAACAGGACCUCUUCAGGGAUAUCCAAAGCUUGCCCCGAAACGCAGCCCUCCGGAAACUGAACGACCUCAUUAAGCGGGCAAGGCUAGCCAAGGUCCACGCCUACAUCAUUAGCUCCCUUAAGAAGGAAAUGCCGUCGGUGUUUGGGAAAGAUAACAAGAAGAAAGAGCUCGUGAACAAUUUGGGCGAGAUCUACGGGCGCAUCGAGCGGGAGCAUCAGAUUUCGCCGGGAGACUUUCCCAAUCUGAAGAAGAUGCAAGAGCAGCUACAGGGCCAAGACUUCAGUAAGUUCCAGCCCUUGAAGAGCAAACUGCUGGAUGCCGUUGAGGAUAUGCUUGCCAGCGAUAUCGCCCAGCUGAUGGUGCUGGUGCGCCAGGAGGAGUCCCAGCGGCCGGUGCAGAUGGUGAAAGGGGGCGCCUUCGAGGGCACCCUGCACGGCCCCUUUGGGCAUGGCUAUGGCGAGGGCGCCGGCGAAGGGAUCGAUGACGCCAACUGGGUGGUGGCCAGGGACAAGCCCAUGUACGACGAGAUCUUCUACACGCUUUCGCCGGUGGACGGGAAGAUAACCGGCGCCAACGCCAAGAAGGAGAUGGUGAGGUCCAAGCUGCCGAACACUGUCUUGGGAAAGAUCUGGAAACUGUCCGACAUCGACAAAGACGGGAUGCUUGACGACGAGGAGUUUGCGUUGGCCAACCACCUCAUCAAAGUCAAGUUGGAAGGCCACGAGUUGCCGAACGAGCUCCCGUCUCACCUCAUCCCUCCAUCGAAGAGGAAACUGACAGAGUGAGAGGGUGGCGGGAAGGAAUUGUGGGGUGUUGGGUGGGUGGGUGAAUCAAAUAUACCCAAUGGAGAUGCGGAGUUGUCUUCCGGCUUCCAAUAAUGUCCAGCCGUGAUGAGGAACCUGGUGCAAUAUUUUGGAGCAGGCGUGAGGAUCCUUUGACCUUCCAGAUGUUGUUGAACUGCAACCCCCUGGUUACGUGAAACAUAUUCAAUAAACACACAAGACGUAA